AGGUGGAACGUGGAAAGCAGCUCGGAACCGCAGUUUAGUCUGGAUUCGACUUUUCUCCAAAAUGAGUCCCAAAAAGAAGAUGUCGAAAAAAGAACGAGCCCGCCUGGAGGCCGAACAGGCCGAGCAUCAGCGGAUGGAACUCGAACGGGAACGGCAGCGAAAAGUCGAAGAGGAAAAAAUGCGCAAAGUUCGCGAGAAGGAGGAAGCCGAACGUAAGCAGGUCCAAGAAAUAAUCGCCAACAAACUGAGGAAGGUCCAGCUCCAGGAUAGCUACAAGUAUUUUGCCUUAAUUAAAGAUGAGGUCAAACAUCUGCAUGGACAACAGAAGAAGGAUCGAGAGUGGGAGCAGUACAUGCGGUGCAAUGGCUUACCGAAUGCGUUUGAUCCUGCGGAUUUGAGAAAAUAUUUGCACAUCUGGUGUGAUGGCAUUAGACUCUACAACGAACGUGAGCAAAAUUGGCUCCUGUGCACCAACGAGCAGAGCAUAUUGACACAAGACGUUAACGUUGCCAACCUGUCACGAGAGAGUUUGAAGCAACAGCAGCCGGAAAUCGGAAACGUGUAUGCAGCGAAAACCAGGGAAGUUCUCGGAAUACUGGAGGAGAUAGACGACGCUCUGCACGAUACGGAUAUGACACAGUCGAUGAUUGAUGACUUACACGAGAUGAAAACCGAAUUCCGCCGGGUGCUGGCCAAUUACAUCGACGAGUUCGCGUACAAAAUCCUGAGCAACAUCAACCGGGACAUGGCACUGAGCGGCCUUCUAGAGGUGACCCACAAAUUUGAAUCGGAUGUGUUCAAAAUGCAACUGUACGGACUACGGGAUAUGCCAACACCCCAACUCAAUCCAAAGGAGAAGGCCAAAGAGGACAGCAAACACACUGAUAUUGAUUUCCCACUGUUGGGAUUUCAUCUGGUGCUCCCAGCUGCCGUAAAGUGCCAUCACUCGGCAAUAAGAGGUUUAUGGAUAAGUUAUGACCAUUUCAGUGACUAUUGCCCCAGCUACGACAUGCCCUACAGGCAGGAUCAUCGAGCUGAUCUGCGUAUUAUUAGCAGAAUCGAGUGGAAGAAGCGGAAGGAGAUCCUGAAGGCAGUGUACGAAGAGCCCCGGGAGAAGCGCCCGGACGACUCGGAGGAGGACGAGCGGGCGGGACACGAUAUCGAUGUGGACAAAAUUUACACCGAACACGCCGACGAGCUGAUGAAGAAGGAGCGCGCCAAAAAGGGAACCAAGGCGCUGAAUCUUUUCGAGCACGACGUGAACAUGAGAAGCCAUCGCAUAAUUGCCGGUGUUUAUUGCAUCGAUUAUCUGGAACAACCGAUGCAGGAGGUCAAGAUUGCGAAAAAGUCGCUGCUGAGGACGGUUCCCCAGCCAGGCCAACUGACGAGGAAGAAAUUCUAUCAGCCCUAUCGCCCCCCACCGACACCCCAGCCGGGAGUGCGCCGUCUGCCGGAGGAAAUCGAAGCCGAAAUCAAACAAAUGGAAGAAAACCUCGACAAACUGGCAUUGAUCACGUUGCAGCUUCCCGAAAAUGUAUUCUGGUUCGAGCCACCCAUCGUGUGCCGGUGGGAACUCCGAGACGAAACACUCGAAUCCGAGCCAAGCUUUACAAAGUACCUAGACAAAUACAAACAGAUGGUACAAGUUGCCAAGGAGCGCAAAACUAAAUCGAUGCGAGACAGAAAAACAAAGUACAUCGAAGAUUUCAACAUCCUCGACAUCCCGUCGCACAUCCAUCUCAGUUCCAUUGUGGAUGACUUCGUAGUUCCCAAGCUGCCGGAGAACUAUACGGUGAAAAUUAUUCCCCAGGAUGAUAAAAAGAAGUCACACCUGUUGAUGAGUGGUAAAAAGUCCCGUGAGAAAAAGAGGAAAAUCACCAAAACUCCCUCCAGUGCGGCACUAACGAACAUCAUUUAUGAGACGAAAAUUCCAUCCUAUCUCUUCCCACCAGGCUGUGGCAGUAAAAUACUGAAAAUAUGGAACAAGCGGAACAAACUGAGCUAUCCUUGCGUGCCAGAGGAAAGCGAUGACCAGGCCGAUUAUGAUGAUUCCGACAAUGACUUUGCUUCCGCUGGAGGAGGUGGAAAAUCGAGGAAAAAGCAAUAUCUGUUCUCCAAGUUUAUGAAAGACCUAGACGAACUAAUUGAUGCAAAAACUCCGAAAUUUGAAUUUAAAAUUGAAGAAAUUGCUACAACAGUGUCCAAGGCCGAGCAGGGCAAGCAGAGUGUGCAGAUUGUACGGUCGGAGGAACGGAUGCGGGACCGAGAUCGGAAGAAGGUCCAGAAGAGUAAAUUCGAUUCCGACGACGAGGAAGUGGACUACGGAGACAUUCUGGAGGUGGGAAACUAUGUCAUGGUCGACCGGGAGAAGGAGUACGUCGGAAAGUGGAGCACCAGGGACAUCCAUGAUGUGAAAUUCAACGAGGACAAACUGACCAUCCAGUUUCGGAUCGGACGGCUGGGGGCGUUCGGCUUCGCCGCUAACCGAUACAGCAAUUUGCCAUAUCAGUCGUGGGAAGUGAAGCCGGACAUCAAGAACCCCGGCAGUGUAACAUUUUCCCUGACCGCAGCCGUAGUCAAUACGGAAAUCACCAUCACCGAGCAUGGCUUCCGGGUCAAUGCGUUGCAGGGCGGCCCGACGCAGGCCCUUCAGGAGAUCCUGGGCCAUGUCAUGCCGAUACGAAAAAUGAUGAAACAAUUACGCCUGGCAGCUGUGGAUUUCUUCCCGGAAGACGAUGCGUUUAAUUAUUCGGAGGGCUCGUGCGAGAAGAACCCCAUCAUGGAGUCACAUCUUUACGACUGCAUGGGCCUGCUGGCGUUGACACAUAAUUUUUCCUGGUCCAGAUGGAAUCUGCUGUCCGGUUGUCGGAUGUGCGUUCUGCUGAUGCGUGAAAUUAUCGAACAUCGCCGGAUUCCGAACCAUUCGACGCUGCUGGUGACCCCAUUGAAGGCGACCGUCAUCGAUUCGGUAGAAGUUUCACCCGUUUUCAACAGCAGCCCGAUCGACGGCAUGGAGCAUUACGCCGACCUGUACCAUCUGGGCCGGGAACACUCGCAGCCGUCGUCCAAAGUGAAGCAGGAGAACAUGAGCCCCAUCCUGCGAGACAACGUCGUGCAGCUGUUGAAGGCAGUUCGGCCGUUAAGCUUCUCCUAAAUGAAACUUCUCCCACCAUGAGCACGGCGCGGCCUUGA